UCGUGAUUAAUGUUUUUGUGAGUUCAAAGUAAAUUCCCGUUUUCCCAUUACAUUGACAACAAUUAUAUAAACCGUCACGCAAUGAGUGCCAUACUUCCUCGAAUCGAGCAGUUGUCUUCCAGAGUUGUGCGAAUCCUGGGAUGUAAUCCUAGUCCGAUGACACUACAAGGAACAAAUACGUAUUUAGUUGGAACGGGAAAAAGACGCGUGUUGAUAGACACUGGAGAGCCUGCCGUCCCCGAGUACAUCAACAGUCUCAAACAAGCCUUGAGCCAGUUCAACACUUCCAUCCAGGAGAUCAUUGUCACCCACUGGCAUCACGACCAUAUAGGCGGAGUGACAGACAUCUGCAGGGAUAUUAUUGAAGGUUCAAAUUUACAAGUCAGCAAGAUCCCUCGCUCUUCUCCAACUGAUGAAAGAAUAGGAGAAAGUAAGACUUUCACGUACCUGAAACAUGGUGAUAUCAUAGAGACGGAGGGAGCCACACUGAGGGUCCUUCACACCCCAGGACAUACAGAUGACCACAUGGCGCUCAUGUUGGACGAGGAGAAGGCCAUCUUCUCAGGAGACUGUAUUCUGGGGGAGGGAACGGCUGUGUUUGAAGACCUCUAUGAUUACAUGAAAUCCCUGCAAAUCCUGCUGGACUUGCAGGCUGACCUAAUUUACCCAGGUCAUGGUCCUGUGGUCCCAGAUGCCAGUUCAAAGAUCCAGCAUUACAUCAGCCACAGAAACCUCAGAGAGCAACAGAUCCUCAGUGUCCUCCAGGCAGCUGGAGGGAAAGCAUGCUCAUCUAUGGAACUGGUCAAAGUCGUUUAUAAGGAGACACCUGAACAUCUUCAUGCAGCCGCAGAUGUCAACCUUGUUCAUCACUUGAAGAAACUUGAGAAAGAGGGAAAGAUAAUCGUUGCCAGUGACCAUUCCUCUCAAUACAUCAAAUGGAAGAGUAACUUGUGAUCUGCAUGUCAGCUUCCAUGAGAUUCAGAAUCUGUUUGGCCUGACGAGUGUUUGUGAGAAUGUGACUGUAAUUAUAGAAGAUGGAAGAUGAUAAUAGAUGGCCCAGCAUACCAGGGAGCUUGUCAUGUUCUGGUGGCUUCCUCUCAUUCAUUGUUAACAUACUGUUUUAAAAUGCCAUUUGGGCAUGUUGAUACAUCUGUUUUCAAAUCCGUAUGCAUACAAAUGCUGUGAAAAGUGUUCAUUUUCAACCAAAAUCAAAGUCUAUGAAAAAGUAUUAUGUCAAACUGUGCAAACCAUGGCAAUAAAUUGAUUGUCUCUCUGACUAUACUA